CCUGCUCCCGAGUUUGCUCCUUCCCGUUCCCAGCGGUGGGAGGAGUACCGGGCAGUCCUGUUUGGUGGUCUGUUUUUGCUCUAGGGUGGUUGAGCAGGCACGCCAUGGCCAGCAAAGAGCAGGAUGAACUCCUAAAAGCCCGGAGCCGUACUCUGAGCGCUUUCCGAGAAGAUGUGGAACAGGAAUGGAGAGCCCCUUUCUACUUCAUUCAAGGAGCGGAUCCUCAGUUUGGAUUGAUGAAAGCUUAUUCAAUUGGCGACUGUGACCAUGGAGGCGACGAAUGGGAAGAGGAGCUCAAACUAACACAGCAAGCAGUGCAAGCGAUUAAUCAGCUGAACCCCAAACCGAAAUUCUUCGUACUCUGCGGAGAUCUCAUACAUGGCAUGCCAGGGACACCCUGGCGGGAGGCACAAAUACAGGACUUGAAAAGCACCCUGAAGGGUGUCAGCAGUGACAUCCCCCUGGUCUUCGUCAGUGGCAACCACGACCUUGGGAACACGCCAACUCCUGAAACAAUUGAAGAUUAUUGCCAAAAGUGGGGUGACGAUUACUUCAGCUUCUGGGUCGGAGGAGUCUUCUUCCUCGUGCUGAAUUCUCAGCUGUACUUUGAUGCUUCCAAGUGCUUGGCAUUAAAGCAGGCCCAGGAUGAGUGGCUUCAGCAGCAGCUUGCAAUGGCCGAAGCGAGAAAGUGCCGGCACGCUGUCGUGUUCCAGCACAUCCCUCUGUUUCUGAGAGAACCCGAUGAAGACCACGACUACUUCAACCUGGAGAAGUCCAUUCGGCACGAGCUCUUGGAGAAGUUCCACAAAGCAGGUGUCAAAGCAGUGUUUUCCGGGCACUACCACCAAAAUGCUGGCGGCUUCUACAAAAAUAUCGAAAUGGUUGUUUCGUCUGCCAUAGGGUGCCAGCUGGGCAAAGACACCCAUGGGCUAAGGGUGGUGGCUGUCACCCCCGAGAAGAUUGUUCACAGAUACUACAGUUUGAAUGAACUGAGCAAUCGAGGGGUCGAGAAAGACAUCGCGGCUUUGCUUAACCAAAACUAGCCAUUUCUUUCCUCUGCCACAAUAAUGGGGAGGGCAGCCCUCUCCAGCCCAGGGCGAGGUAUCAGAACUGUGCAUUGUGUGAUUUUCUUUCUUUUUUUAAAAAAAAAAGUUGGCCAUGGCAAAGAUUUCUCAUCAUAAUCAGAAAGCACCUGAACAUCUCAAAGUCAAACAGGCAGUCAGAGGGAUUAUAUUCACUUGUCAAGGGUGCGUAUAAAUUUAACUUGUGCUAUAAAAGUAGUGACAGCGCUAUUGAUUUUGUAAUUAAGGAGAUAUUCUGAGAAUGCACUGUUCUUAGAAUAAACCACUUUUAUAGCAGCGCUUAAAUGCACUCGCGAACAAACACACGGCACAACCAUCUACAUGACAGCCCAAUAAACAACAGGAGGCUGCAGGGAACCCAAAUGCCACGUUAAUGGAAGAAUGAAAGGGGUUUGCCCUCAGUUCAAAGCAAAUACUAGGUACAUGUAUGCAAUUAUAGGGCAGCUGUAAGAAGCUGGAAAAUAUUCUAUACGUGUUUCUAAUAAGGAAAGACACCUCUGACAUGUGCAAUUUGCCACAGGUCUAUCGUGCCUCACAGAGGCUCCAGCCACCCUAUACGUUUAAA